CAGGGGGUAUUGUUGAGAGGGGAGGGGAAGGAUAGAGAAGAAAUAAAACGUUACCAAAAACACAAAAUCCAAAAAUCAAAACAGAGUAGGAAAUGGAAGACGAAAGGUUAUUAGCGAUGGAGAGGCACCAGAUGGAGCAGAUUCGAGAGCUUGAUCUUGAAGAAUUGCAGGUCGAAGAGGUCGAUGACCUCAACAACUCAUCCGACGAUGACCUCGACGCCACUGAUCGCAGUUAUGGCGGCGCUGGUGAUAUGACAUUCAACACAUCUUUGGCUUCGUUACAUACAUAUCUUGGCGAGGUUGAAGAUACUCACCGUAGGUUGGCCUUCUUGGAAGGCAGCGCCGUCUUGAACCUCCCGCUGUUUUAUCUUGAAGGAGUUGUUUUGUUCCCAGAGGCUACCCUUCCUCUAAGAGUUAUCCAACCAAAUUUUAUAGCUGCCGUCGAGAGAGCAAUGGCCCAAGUUGAUGUUCCUUAUACUAUUGGUGUGGUCCGUGUAUACAGGGAUCCUGAUAACCCAAGAAUAAAGUUUGCAACCAUUGGGACAACAGCAGAGAUUCGGCAAUACCGGCGGUUAGAGGAUGGCUCACUGAACGUGGUUACUCGUGGCCAGCAGAGAUUUCGUCUAAGGCGACGCUGGAUUGAUGUGGAAGGGGCACCAUGUGGAGAAGUCCAAAUUAUCCAGGAAGAUCAGCCAUUACGGACUCCAUGUGAUGCUUUUGGAAAAUUGACACCAUUAAGUAAUCUUCGGAGCCAUAGUCUCUCAUUUACCCAGCCUUUGAAUGCUUCUCGUGCUAAAUUGCAUCAAUCUAGGGAUGAGGACAAUGUUUCAGAGUCAAAUUCUGAAGAAAGUUUUGAGAGUUCGCUCUCCCUUACAGAAAGGAGCAUCCACCGUUCUGCUGUUGAUUCUUGUUAUGGGUGUGAUAUAAUGGAUGAAUCUACAAGCAGUGAUGAUGAAAAAUUCUUGUGUGAGCCAGACCUACACUUUGGAAGAUCUUUCCUAAAAGACUCUGAAUCCGUAGGAUCAUUGCAUUCAAACCAUCAGAAACACAUUGAAAAUGCUGAUUUAGGUUCCACAUCAGGAAGGCAAUCUUGUCAAGGAGAAGAGACAGACAGGCAUAGGAGAAAAAUUAAUUUCGACCAGUUCCGCAGAGUUCCAAGAGCAUACUGGCCCCAUUGGGUAUACCGUAUGUAUGAUUCCUAUUGCCUAGCUGAAAGGGCUGCAGAUAUGUGGAAAAAGAUAGUUGGGGCACCCAGUAUGGAUGGUCUUGUUAGGAAGCCUGAUCUUUUGUCAUUUUAUAUUGCCAGUAAAAUCCCGGUUUCUGAAUCUACAAGGCAGGAACUUCUGGAGAUUGACGGGAUUUCAUAUAGAUUGCGUCGGGAAAUUGAGUUACUUGAGAGUGUCAAUCUAAUUCGAUGUAAGAUCUGUAAGACUGAAAUUGCAAGGAGGAGUGAUAUGUUGGUCAUGUCUAGUGAAGGUCCUCUUGGUGCUUAUGUGAACGCACAUGGUUACGUGCACGAGAUAAUGACACUCUACAGGGCAAAUGGCUUAGCACUAAGAGGGCUACCAGAGACAGAAUACAGUUGGUUUCCUGGGUAUGCAUGGACGAUCACUAACUGUGUCGCUUGUGAAACCCAAAUGGGGUGGUUAUAUACAGCCACAAACAAGAAGUUGAAGCCUAGAUCGUUUUGGGGGAUUAGGAGCUGUCAAGUUGCGGAUGACAUGUAGUAACACCUAAAUUUUUAGGGGCUUCCCUUAAUUAAUCUUUCAUUAUAUAAUGAGAUCAAUGUGUAUAUGGCUUGUGUGUCAGCAAACAUGUAUUUUGUUAGAAUGAUUAAUAGUUUAAGCUUUUUGAGAUGAAUGGUAGUUUUUCAUGGUAACAGGCAGGCACAAUGAAUUCUCAAAGGGUAAAUAGUUUACUGUGUACACUGGCUUGUGUGUCAGCAAACAUGUAUUUUGUUAGAAUGAUAAAUAGUUUAAGUUUUUGAGAUAAA